AUGAGACGGAGCAACGAUGCAAACAAGUCGUUGGACUCUCCCGUCAAAUCGCCAAAAGUCGCAAAACCAAAGAAGCCAACAACAGCGUAUCCUCAGACAAGCAGGCGAUCACUCUUCAUCGAAACGAAGAGUCCCGAGAAGAAGACCAAAAAGAUAUACCUAAGAGACAACUUCACUAAAAUCACCGAUGUUUCUGAGCGAUUCCGUCCAGUCUACAAAGAUCAAAUGACGGAGCAAAUCGUUUCACUAGAACGAGUGGCCUACAAUAAGUGUCCUUUUGUCGGUUUCUUGACUGACGAAGAACGAAAAGAAAAACGCGAUUCGAUGAACCUCCAAAAACAACAAAAGUAUGAGCAAAAAGAGGGAACGAGCACAUCUGCCAAGACAACCAGCGCCAACGCCACAAAUGCAAAAAGUGAUGCGUCGAAAACGCUCGGAACAAUGUGGAAGAACGGCGGAACUUGUGAGGUCUGCCAAUACUUCAGAUAUGAAGAUCCUGAAGAGCACUUUGAAUCGCAGACGCACAAGAAAAACGUCAAAAACUACGAGGAGCGCUUCAAGAUUAUUGACAACAAGAGUUUCAAACUUCAGAGCGGCUUGACAAAACAACAAGAACAGAGUUUGUCGAAAAUGGAGCGCCGUAUCGCUAUUAUUAGCCAUCGGAACAAGAAAUAUGCUGUUCGUAACGAAUCGAGUUCGACUUUGGCCGAAUUAGAAAGGAUGAAGUCACCUAUUCUUGCGGAAGAGACGCCUUUUACGGAUAAGUCGAGCCAAAAGCUUCGACAAAAGAAUCCCUCUUCUGACCAAAAUGCCAGUGGAACUAACAAGUCGUCCGACAAAGCAGAUGAGAAAGAAGUGAGUGCAGUUUUGUCGCCGGUGAUUAAGGAAGUCGAAGAAGAAAAUCACGAAAAUAAGAAAGUGCAAGAAGUUGUCCCGAAAAUGGCUGUAGAAAAUUAUAACUACAACGAAGGGUCUUCUCAGAAGAUUAAAUUAGAGGAAAGUCAAGCGAUCGAAAAUGAGGAAGAAGUCGAAGAAAAGCAUGUUGAAAUUCCUGUAGAAGAUAUUGGUGAGCGGGUAGUCGCCGAUCGCCAGAUUCAUACGGACAGUCAGGAAAGAGAGGAUGAAGAAGAAGAUAGUGAUACUCAAACAACUUCAGAUUCUUUGACCGAAGACGAAGAUCCUAUGAUGAUGGACGCGACCGAAGCUCUGAAUGCGUUAAAAGAUGAAGAAGCGACAGAUGAUAGCUGGGAAAUCCCAAGUCGUAUGAGCGAAGUAUCAGCUGCCCAAGACAAGAGCACUCACUCACAAAAGGCGAUCCUUUGCAAACAGAAGACCAUACAGCUUUAUAAUUUUGAAGACUCAUCUGAUGAAGAAGAUGGUCACGUGCUUCUGAAGAAGAGCGCUCGAAAGAAAGCGACCGACAAGAGCUUCAAUCUUGAUACGACAAAUGAAGAAGAUGAAGACAAUAAGACUACCUCCGUCAACCUUCCUCGUGAAAAGCCUCGAAUCAUCCAUCCAAAGAGGAAGCGAGGCGACGAUUUCGCCCAUCCAAAUGACAGAGUUUGCCCGCCGAGUCCUGAUAGUCGAUCUCCAGCUAGGAAAAAACCUGAUGUGAAUAAUCGUUUUGAUGGUUUUAACAGAACUAAAUUGUCCAUUGCUGAUGAACAUAAUGAGAAGAAUGCGCCCGAGUAUGUGAUUACUGAUUCGCUCAAAGAAGCUUCCAGCCAAGAGCAAAUGGAUGUAGAAAUAGCUCAAUCUACAGAAAAGAGAGAAGAGGCUGCGGAUGACCAAGAAAACGACGAAGAAGAUACCGUUGAGCCACCAACUGCUGUCGAGCCAGAAGCUGCGGAGCCUUCUACAAGGACGAGACACUCAAGUGGAGAGGUGGAGGAGCUCUAUUACCGAAGCUCUGGUUGGGAUAGAUUGCAAGAAGAUGACUUCAAUUGCUCUGACGAGAAUAGUUCCAAAUCAGCACAACCUGACACUCGGGACCAAAGAGUGACCACAAAAAUUGAGAAAGGCUGGACUGAUGUUUAUUUCGAUGACGACAGGGACAUUCAAGGUGCAGCGACUGAUUAUUUCGCGUUAAUAAAGCUUAAAUCUCAAUCUUCUAACCGCGGUCUCAGCAAUACGAAAAUGAGUUGCAGCGCGCUUGACAAUGAAAACUUCGUUGAAACACUGCCGGAUCCACACCAUCGGCCUCGUCGCGCUCCUUUCCUAGUUUCACCGCCAAAAGCAUCGGAACGAGGAUUUACACCUCCGCCUCAGGAGGACGAUAGAGUAAACGAAACCUUGCGAACAGUUGAGGAUGAUGCUAGCUUUGAGAUUUCGCUCAACCACACAGCGCAUCACGGUUCGAUCAAUCUGGAAAAUGACGAGGAGUCGGAGGAACCUUGGAACGAUCCUCACACUUUUCCGCCGAAAAGAUUUGCUCAAAUGGACGUUGCGCCCGAAACUCGCAUUCAAAUGAUCAACGAAGAAAAUGAAAAGUUCGAUCGUCUGCGGAAAGAUUAUAGCCCGCGGACUAGAUACUAUUCUUCUGGCUACGAUGCCAUGCGAACGACUGAAGUAUUCGAACAACGAGAGAAGGAGGGGAAGGCCAGACCUGCGUGGCCUUUCAGAAGGACAUCAUCAGUGAUUGCUGCUAACCGCACCAGCGCCUGCCUUUAUCAGCAAAAGAGCUCUUCUCCUGAGCCGAACGAUUUCGAAGAAAAUGCACAGAGCUCUUGGGGCCAUUCUAUGGACAAAAAUGGCGUCCACACUCUUGAGCAGCGCUCUGAACUCGGAAUCUCAGUCCCAGUUCCGCCAGAUAGAAACGCGUUCAAAAUCGCUAAUGGUGCCAUCUCAGCAAACCGCGAUUUCGAAGAGAUCCUGAGUGCUGGCACGAUAAACUGCCAGGCUGAUUACCACUCUUCUGCAGCAGAACAAGCAUUCGUUGACCGCUUGAGUCCUGAGUCCAGAAGGCUUCAUUUCAAAUAUUCUGAUGAUCGACCCUUACGUAAAACCUCAAUUCAAAGAAAAAAGAGAUACGAUGAUAGCGACAGCGAAGAAUACGUACCAGGAGUUUUAAAAAGUUCAAAAAAAAAGAGAGGCCGCCCGAAGAAAACCAAAAGUUAG